AUGGCUGGAACUUUUUGUAUAAACUCUUGCAUUCUGCUUCCAUGGGUAUUUAGGGAAACUUCAUCUGAUGCUAUUAGAUCUUCUGCAAUCACAAUCCUUUCUCGUAUCUGUGAAGAUUAUGGACCUUCUUCCAUUCCCAUUUCCCAAGGUUGGUUAGCUAUUAUGCUUUCAGACAUUCUCAAAUCCAGAAAGUUAUCUCUUAAAGGGAGUGCUCAACCUAGGGACAAAGUCAAGGCAAAUGUACUUUCUGGUACCCAAAGUGUGAACCAAUUGGCUAGUGUUGUGGUCAACUUAGCAGUCAAUGGUGAUUCAUUUUCUUUGGAAGAUUUUCUUACCCUUGAACCAUUUAUUAACACAUACAAAAAUCUAAAGAAAGGAAAUAUCCCUAAAGUGAAUGCUUUAGAUUCUGCACUUGCAACUUUAAAGGGUAUCAAAGCAAUGACAGUGUUUUCACAUGGUGCUAAUGCAAGGACACGUCAUGUUCCUUAUAGAGAUUCAAGAUUGACAUUUCUUCUACAGGGUGUUGUAAAUGAAGAUGCCUCCGGAGAUAUCAUGGUGCUUCAACAGCAAAUACAACCGCUAAAGGAGGAGCUUGCUAUCCUUAAGAGGAACAACAUAUCCAGGUCUUUAGCAUUUGGUCCAAAAGUCAUUGAAGAGGCUACCCAAGAACACGAGAAUGAUUGCACUAGACAUGAUAACAAAAUCCUGAAGGUUUCCUCUAAACAGCUGAAAUCUUUAGAGACUUCAUUGACUGGAGCCUUGAGAAGAGAUCAAAUGUCGGAAGCUUCUAUUAAACAACUUGAAGCAGAAAUAGAACAGUUAAAUCGACUGGUAAAUUGUUAUCCAAUUUGGUCUAUAAUAUGA